AUGUCUGUUACCGAUACCUCUAUUCGCGCCCUCCGUCUCCUUCCCGUGCUCACGUCGACCGCCGUGUUGAUGUUUGCAGUCGAUGAGCACAUAUUCCUUGGGACCUGGAUGGCGCCUACAUUUCGCGAGCGGGCAAAUGUGCAUCUUCCCAGUUGGUUCCAGCUCUGGGGUCGCCGGGGUCGCUGGGUGAUUCUUCUCGGAUAUCCGGGCACCUAUGUUCUCGGGAUGCUCAACCUUCUCGUCGCGCGUCCUCGGCUGAAAGUGGCGGGUGUGGAGAAAUGGUACGCGAUGGGUCUUCUCUUUAGUGUGGCGCAUAUUGCUAUCUUUGGCAAGAGAGCCCGGAAGCUGUUGGCGGACAUUAAAGGAAAUGUUCCUAGAGGAAAUAGUACGCGUUCCAUGGGGGCUUGGUUGCGGAUGCAUACGAUUAGGACGUUUAUGACGGAUGUCCCGGCGUUGGUCUUUUUUGUUGUGGGUGCGCUGAAGGCACUGUGA